AUGUACAGUCUCCAGAAUUCUCCUUCUUCUUCUCUGAUCCACCUGUGUCCAUGUGUGGUCAGGUACUUCCAGGCCGGUCUGUGUAAGAGCCUGAAGGACGCCACGGAGGGAACGACCAUAGAGAUGACCUCCAUGGACCAGGACACGUCCCCGUUCAGGUCCCUGCGUCCGCACUCGCAGCUGUCUGUCACCGGGGGGUCUCUCUCCAAACCUCCGGCCCCUGUGGUCUGCAGUGUGGCCCCGCACCUGCCCUCGCGUCCCCCCUCCGUCUCCGAUAACGGCUCCAUCAGGAAGAACCGCUGGGACCAGGACUACGAGGUCAGGAGUCCUCUGUGGAAGGCUGAGGUCGUUCAGAUGGAUGACCUGUCGCCGUGCAAACGACCGCGGCCAAUCACACGAGCUCUCGGACUCGCACCGCCGCCUCCGUCCGGCCUCCUCCCGUCCCCACGGAGACGGAGACACGGCAACGGAGUCAUGUGA